CGUAAUAACUCUCGUGUAAAAAAAUUUACACCCUCUAUACACGCAUAUAUACUGUAUAUAUAUACUGUAUAUACAUAAAAUCAAAUUGAUAUCAAUAAAUUUCUAAAUUUUUUUAAAUCUCUCUCUUUUUCAUUUUUUUAUUUGUCUUUUUUCUUUUCAACUGAUAAAUCAAGUCUGGAAUAUGUACCCAACUUAUACGCAAAUCCGUUCAAACAUUGAAACCUUCCAAAAUGAUAGAAUUACACCUUAUUCUGAUGAUAUUGAACGAAUGGAAAAUUUGACGAAUUUAAAUGUAAAUAAUUAUAAUAUGACAGCUUCCGAGAACUUCAGUAAUACUCAAGAUUAUAAUGUACAAGCUCCAGAUUAUCAGCAGUCUCAUUCAUAUAUUGAUGAUUCUCAUCUUAGAGCGAACCCCGUUUUAAACGUGAAUGAUUACAAUGUGACAGCUCCCCAAGAACGGACCAGCUUCAAUGACAGUCGAGUUUAUAAUGUACAAGCUCCAGUCUAUCAGCGGCAGUCUCAUUCAUACAUUAAUGAUUCUCAUUUUAGAGAACAGAUCGGCAAUGGAAAUUACCGAGAUUACAAUAUGCAAACUUCAGCCUAUCGGCAAUCUCAAUCACUCCAUUAUAAUACCGAAAAAGUGAACCCUACCUUAAACAUGAAUGAUAGUCCCCAUAAAAAAUUUUUAUCCGAAUAUUUCCAUUAUUUCUCCGUGUCUUCCGUAAAAAUUCCGUGAAAAUGAUACAUUCACGGAUAUCCGUGUUAGCGAGAUGAAAAUUUCCAUGAUUUAAGGCUAUAAAUUCCAUGAAAAUGAUACAUUCACGGAAAAAACAUGGAAAGAUAAAA